GAUUAUCAUCAACUUGUCAACAUCGUUUGUGUGCUCUCUUAGUGAUGGUCCAUGACAGCGGCUCAGACGCCGAGGGACAUAUUAGUCUAGGAAUCAGCAAUACCUGCGACGUUAGAUUGCCUUCGGACAUGUCCUCGUUAUCGAGAUGGCUGAAAAGACCUGCAGAGGACACCACUGCGCAUUAUACCCUCGGAGAUGUCUGCAUUGGAUGAGAUCAUCUGAUUACUCAGACUCUGCGGAUUAUUGCCUAUGGGAAUGCGAAUGUCGGCGCUGUGCCGGCCAGCUUAGUGCUUUAUUACACUUGACUGGCUUUCUUCCUGAUACGAAGGCUGUCUGUGGGAAUAUUCAAUAUACGUCCCUGCUUAUCCGCGCAUUCACUCCCAUAUAAUGCACUUGAAAGUCUAGAAGUUUGCCGAGAACGCGACACGGCGUGAUCCCCGGCGUACAAUGAGUUCCUCCAGUGCAAAUGAAACGGAUCUGGCCCAAGCUCGAAUAACUCAGUAUGUAAUGACAGCAGGAGUGACUCUACUGUGCUAUGACGUGCUCUUGAUGAUACCAAAAGAGAUACAGCGCUUAUUCACGGUUCGGUGAAAUCUAGGACUAAGCGGAACAAAUAGGUCAGGCUAAUUUGGCGGUCGAGACGCUCGGCUAUCAAGUAUAUUCUGCUAUUCCAACGCUAUACGACACUCCUCUGUGUCCCGACCGCGAUCCCGAGUGAGUCAAGUCGACGGCGAGAGAUCUUUGUCGUUCAUUAUGCUCUCCUUGCGGUGCUAGUCAUGGGUGGAUUCUGGAACGGUCUUUCAAGUUACUCUUGCGCUAGAUGCUUCGAGUUCUUCUCGUUCAUGAUACUCUUUUCUGCGGUCUCUGGAUGGGUUCUUGGCGCGGGUGGGGGUACUCUUGAUAGAGCUCCCAAGACUGACUGGUCACCCUGCAGGGCCCAUCACUAUUCGAGCCUGGGUCAUCUACAAGAAGUCCGUCAAAUUCAGCCAACUUUGGUUUGGGCUUCUGUGGGCGUCGGCUUGGGUGCCAGGUGUCGUCAUCCUGAGUCUGACAAGCGAUUCCUGGGCGAAAUCAACCCAGGACGUCCGAUACGCCUCACAACUUUGCGCUGUUCUCGACAAACCGGCCUACGUAUGGGUCACUCUGGCUUCAGACAUCUUUUUUCAAGGGCUAAUUUGUCUACUGCUACUCUACAAGGCCUACGAACGGGGCUCCUUGCUAGCUGGCUGUACAUCAGAGGUAAUGGCAUGUCUUAUUCUCGAUGGAAUACUUUAUAAUGUGAUCAUUCUAGCUAUGAAUAUCCUCAACCUAAUCUCAUUCUUUGCCUUACCGGAGCCACUCUUCUUCAUUGGCUAUGUGUACGUAUUUGUCCGUGUACCGGAUUGGACUAUUUCGACGAUGCUAAUCGGAAGAAUCUACCUCAAUCUCCGAGAUGUUGUCACCCCCGAAGAGUGGACUGUGGCGACUCAGCUCAAUCCCAAAACCCCGACCGACAACGCAGCUGAUGUGGAUGAAGAUGCCGGAGGACGCACUGGAGAAUCAUGUAGGACGAAUGAGUCAGAGAGUUCAAAUUGGAGUGAUUU